AUGACGGUAGCAUUGGCAUUUGAGAGUGACGAUGGCUCGCGAGCCAUCGAGAUGCAAGUGCAGGUACAAGAAACCGAUGGAAUACGUGUACAAGACUGUGAUGUGCUGGAGUACUUUGAGAUUACACGCAUCGUAGAGCAGAUCCGUCGUGGUGGCUAUAAGAAAAUUGCUUUGCAGUUCCCAGACUCAUUGCUGCCGGAUGCAUCGCAAGUUCAGCAGGAACUGAAAAACAGACUGGUUGGCCAAUGGGAGCGUAUAUUUGUGCUUGGUGAUACGUCGUACGGAAGCUGUUGUGUGGAUGAAGUGGCGGCGCAGCACCUUGUGGCGGAUUGCAUCGUGCACUUUGGUCGUACGUGUCUGAGCGCUACGACUAAAAUUCCAGUGAUUUACGUGUUUGGCAAGGCGCCGAUAUCAGUCGAGGACUGUGUCCAGCAGUUGAGUGAACGGAUUGUUGGUAUGGAGCCGACAAAGACACUUGUGCUACUUUAUGAGCCUCGCUAUCAUCAUGCUAGUGCUACUGUGCUGAAAAGUUUAAAGAAGAAAUUUAGUGAACGGAAGCUGCUGUUCGGGACAAUGAAGACGUUUUAUGAUCCAACCGAGAAAGUGAAGGCGGCAACUGCUGACGAUAACUUUUUGGUGCUUCAAAUUGGUGGACAGGAAGUUAUAGUGGAGUCCAUAAAUGAUGAGAUCACCCCCGAAACGUUUGCGUUGCUGUACAUUGGAGCAGAAUCGGCUCACCUUACCAGUAUUCUAAUGCGGUACAGCACCGUGGACUGCUUCUCGUACAACCCAGAGAUAAGGUCAACUCGCAAGGAGGGUGCGACUGUUAAUCGUGCGCUAAUGAGACGCUUUUUCCUUGUUCAGCAAGCCAAGGAAGCACAAAUUUAUGGUAUUCUGAUGGGCACGCUUGGUGUUAACCAAUACCUUGACGUUGUGCAUGGUCUUCAGAAGCUGAUUAAAACGAGCGGACGUAAGUCGUACCUCUUCGUAGUGGGCAAAGUUAACGUGCCCAAACUUGCAAACUACGCAGAGAUCGACGCUUUCGUGCUCGUGGCAUGCCAGCAGAAUACAUUAAUGGAUAGCAAGGAAUUUUACAAGCCUAUCGUAACCCCGUAUGAGCUUCAACUCGCGUUGUCGCCGACAGAUCAAUGGGAUGGCCAAUACAAGACAGACUUUUGCGAGGUGAUACCUGCGAUCGAGAGCACUACACAGAGUGUGGAGCAGGGACCUGAUGGUGGUGAGGAUGACGACGCUGACAAACCUUUUUUCUCGCUAGUGUCGGGAACAUACAAGACCUCUUCGCGCUCGAUAGCAAUCAAUCAUGAGGCUACACUCUAUGCCAUCACGGCUUCCGAGGAGCCUGACGUAUCUACUACGUUGCAGGUUAAAAAUGAGCAUACGGAGCUUACGAAAUACCAUAGUGAGGCUGCUGAUUACUUAGCUACGAGAGAGUAUCAAGGAUUAGACCCAAGAAUUGGCAAGACGCCUGCACAUGCUGCCGUUAAAGGCAGCACAGGCAUUGCGAGGGGAUACACUCAUGAAAUUGGAUAG